UGGUUGGGGGGCGGUUGAACCCACACCCCUCUGCCUCGGAGGCGAGGGAGAGGGAGAGGGAGAGGGAGAGAGAGAGAGGCUGAGCUGGUCUGACAGGUGAUGCUGAUCGUUUAACACUGACACAGUAAUUGAUUUGAUCGACAGACGGUCUCCGCACGUGGAUUAUCCAAAGCCCUGAUCGGACGGGAAGCCAAAUAGCCGGACAUUUGCUGGAUUAGCUGACCUUCUAUCAGGAAAGGAAAGAGAGAGAGAGAGAAAGAGAGAGAGACAUGACUCAAUCUUGGGAGCUCGUGGCUCCCGCGGCCAGGAGAGGCUUUAAAUAUGAUGAACCGACACAUAGCGGAAUAUUUGUGUACACCAACUCCAACCAGACGCGAGGUCCCUUCGAAGGCCCGAACUACCACAUCGCCCCUCGCUGGGCGUACAACCUGACCAGCGUGUGGAUGGUGGGCGUGGUGGUGGCUUCUGUCUUCACUAACGGACUGGUCUUAGUGGCCACCGUGAGGUUCAAGAAGCUCCGCCACCCCCUGAACUGGAUCCUGGUCAACAUGGCCCUGGCCGACCUGGGGGAGACCGUCCUCGCCAGCACCGUCAGCGUCGCAAACCAGUUCUUUGGCUACUUCAUCCUGGGCCACCCUCUGUGCGUCUUCGAGGGCUUCGUCGUGUCGCUCUGCGGGAUCACCGCCCUCUGGUCGCUGACGAUCAUCGCCUGGGAGCGUUGGGUUGUGGUGUGUAAACCCUUCGGGAACAUGAAGUUUGACAGUAAAAUGGCUGUGGCCGGGAUUGUCUUCUCCUGGGUCUGGUCCGCGGGCUGGUGUUUGCCUCCCAUCUUCGGCUGGAGCAGGUAUUGGCCUCAUGGGCUGAAGACCUCGUGUGGUCCUGACGUGUUCAGUGGUAAUGAAGACCCCGGUGUCCAGUCGUAUAUGGUGGCUCUGACUCUGAGCUGUGCUGUUCUGCCCCUCCUCAUCAUCAUCCUCUGCUACUUCCAAGUCUGGUGGGCAAUUAGAGCGGUUGCUUUACAGCAGAAGGAGUCAGAAUCCACACAGAAGGCUGAGAAGGAGGUGUCCAGGAUGGUGGUAGUGAUGGUGGCUGCUUUCUGUCUGUGUUGGGGACCUUACGCCUGUUUCGCUAUGUUUUCGGCUCUGAACCCAGGCUACGCCUUCCACCCCCUCGUGGCCUCCAUCCCCAGCUACUUCGCUAAGAGUUCCACCAUUUACAACCCCAUCAUCUAUGUUUUCAUGAACCGACAGUUCCGUAACUGUAUCCUCCAGUUGUUUGGAAAGAAAGUGGACGAUGGCUCAGAGUUGUCCUCCACAUCAAAGACGGAUGUCUCGUCCGUCUCCAAUUCCUCCGUCUCCCCGGCCUGACACCAGAGGAACUUCCAACCGAGAUUCUGAAGGCAACGUAGACCAUCUUAUCUUUACCCGGAGAUAAGACAUCACUUUGUCUUCGCGCAAGAAGACAGACACCUCAUGUUCACCUGGAGCUAGAGCUAGAGAUCAU